UGCGAGUUUAGUAGAUAGUGCUUCCGAUUCCGAAUCGAUCACCGACUGCCUACAAGAAAAAUCUGAUGAAAUCAGUAACGUCGCGUCCGACAUUAGUUCAAAUACGGAUGAUAUCGUCGGAAAUGGAAUUACUAUAAAGAUAACCACUGAUGAUGCAGUUAUUGUCAGUGCGGAUGCUACUGAUGAUCGGCAGAACAAGAGUAACGACGGAGCCGUUUCGAUCGACGAUGAAGCUCGCGCUUUUAAAUCUCAAUUUGACGAAAUUUCGAAUAUUACAAGAAUGUUGGAAAAUGCAAAGACGAAUAACAACAAUCGGUAUUAUGGAUCUCCUGGGAGAGUGCAUCCUGGCUUUUCUUCACCAAAUUAUUUACUACCACAGAGAAGAAUGAACG